AUGGGAGACGAAUAUGAGCAACUGGGACCAAUAGGAGAUGCACCUCCUCCACCUCCAGGAGCGCCACCACCUCCACCAGCACCUCCACCACCACCUCCUCCUCCACCUCCACCUCUACCUGAUUUUCAGCAUGCAGAAGGAGCUUCUGGAAGAGCAACAGAAGGAGAGAGUGUUUCAAAACCGUCGUCUCCAGAUAGUAGACCGCGUGGAUCGUCUGACAAGAGACCAUCUCGAAGAGCCCAAAAACAUGAAGAAAGAAGUGGAUCACAGGAAAGGAGAAAAGGUUUCGAUAGAUGGAAAAGAAGGAGGGUGUAUAUGCCGCGAAGGUCUUCAAGCAGUACAGAAGGGAGAGAUUUCGGUGAUUCAGCGUACUUAAUGCAGGAGAACACUGGAUACAGUAUGUGCGGUUGCUUAAGCUGUCUGUUCGUAUUUCUUGUAAUUGGUGGCGUUAUUGCAUUUCUCGUCUAUGCUUUUGUCCUGGAUGGAUUUUCAACUAAGGAGGGGAAUUGGACGACAGAAGCGACCACAUCUAACAUACAACUCAGCCGUUCCACAAUGUCAUCCUCAACAACAACGCAAGCUUCAAUAACAACUCUAGAAAAUCAAAACGAGUGA